GCAGCUAAUCACAGGCACUGUGCAGGAUAGCUUGUGAGCCGGUUUUGGCCAGCUUAGAACACUGGAGUUCCAGUGUGAGCUGUGUUAUAGGGGAGAGCUGCAAGUGCUGUGUAUAGUCUGCACAAACUCUUCUAACUGGAUCAAGUAUGUAUGCUAGAGCUCUGGUCAACCUUGUGUGGGCUUCUUUCUUCUUCAGUGUCCUUGCUGCGGUGCCGCACAUCCCCUCGCUGAGCCUGAAAAGUUCGUCAUCUUCAUCAACCUGUAGAUUGUCACCUGCUGCAUCAGAAAGCCGUUGCAGGACUCCUGAUGGUUUAAUAUGCAGUGGCAGGGGCAAAUGUGACUGCGGGGUAUGUAUUUGCGAAGUAAAAGAGCCUGGCAAAUAUUAUGGACCUUUAUGUGAGUGCCAUGACUGGGUAUGUCACACCUAUGAUGGACAAGUUUGUGGAGGACAUGGAACAUGUGACUGUGGAAAAUGUCAGUGUGAGUCUGGCUGGUCUGGAGAGGCGUGUCAGUACCCAUCUAGUUGUGACAUGACACGAAAGCAAAGUAACGAGAUGUGCAAGAAUUCUCAAGGAGUCAUUUGUUCAAAUGCAGGCACCUGUCAUUGUGGAAGAUGUAUAUGUAUGAACACAGAAAACAGUGGACUGGUUUAUGGAAAAUAUUGUGAAUGUGAUGACAGGGAAUGUAUUGAUGAUGAAAAUGGAGAGAUAUGUGGAGGCCACGGAAAGUGUUACUGUGGAAACUGUUACUGUGAUGCUGGUUGGCAUGGAGAUAAAUGUGAAUUCCAGUGUGACAUCGCCCCAUGGGAGAUUAAGAAGAGAUGCACAUCUCCAGAUGGCAAAAUCUGCAGCAACAGAGGAACGUGUAUUUGUGGUGAAUGUACCUGCCAUGAUGUAGACCCAACUGGUGACUGGGGAGAUAUACAUGGCGACACCUGUGAGUGUGAUGAAAGGAACUGUAAAUCAGUUUAUGACAGAUAUUCCGAUGACUUCUGCUCAGGUCAUGGACAAUGUAACUGUGGGCGAUGUGAUUGUAAAGAAGGAUGGACUGGAAGAAAGUGUGAACACCCACGAUCCUGCUCCCUGUCAUCAGAAGAAAGCAAGAAAAAAUGCCAAGGAAGCUCCUCUCUGCCAUGUUUUGGAAGAGGGAAAUGUGAAUGUGGACACUGCACUUGUUUCCCGCCUGGAGAUAGCAGGGUGUAUGGAAAACACUGUGAGUGCGAUGAUCGGCAGUGUGAAGAUCUAGAAGGCAAGAUUUGUGGAGAACAUGGCACCUGUUCUUGUGGUCGAUGCAUUUGUGAGGCUGGCUGGUUUGGGAAACUGUGCCAACAUGCAAGAAAAUGUAAUAUGACAGAGGAAGAGAGCAAGAGUCAGUGUGAGUCAUCAGAUGGCGUACUGUGCUCCGGGAAAGGUUCCUGUCACUGUGGAAAGUGCAUCUGCUCACCACAAGACUGGUAUGUUUCCGGGGAAUUCUGUGAGUGUGAUGACAGGGACUGUGAUAAACAUGACGGCCUUAUUUGCACAGGCAACGGGAUAUGUAGCUGUGGAAACUGUGAAUGCUGGGAAGGCUGGAAUGGAAAUGCCUGUGAAAUAUGGCUUGGAAAUGAAAACCCCUAAAAGCUAGACACAGAUAUUGUUUUUUUCUUUUUUAAUGGUUUCUUUUAAUAUAGCUGCUAGCAAACAUUAAUAGUAGCAGAAUAUAUUCACCACCAAUCAACUGCUUAUAUCGACUGUUCUAAGUCAGUAUUUCUGUAGAUUUAACUUAAUUUGGACUAACCUCUGAAUAUUUACAUAAAGUUGUGGCCAAAAUUUGAAUGUUUUUCAACUUUGAAUGCUUAUAAAAACUUUCACUUCAUGCUGAAUUCAACACAAUAAACAAAGAUCAAAUAUUUGCAUUACAAGGGAAGUUAUGCUAAUUUCAGGCAGACAAUGAAGCACAGAUGCGUGAGAUUCAAGAAGCGGAUUGUAGUAACAGCUACUACCAGCCAAUCAGAACCGUCGCUCUGAGGACCAAUCAGCUGUCGUUUAUGAGCAGGUGCAAGGUCAUGUUCAAAAGUGGGAAAGGUCAGUUUGGCUGUUUCAUUUUGCAGAAUAAAGUCUGUUACUUAAGUUGCAAUUACGGUUGGAUGUUUGUGUGUAUUGUAGUGCUAUUGACGGUGUAAAAAAUAAAUACAACAAUGUCGUCCAGGCAAAGUGGUGACUGGUCACCCAGGAAGAGAUUCAGGAUUGUGGUGUUACGUAAAAAUGGUCUUUCGUAUGCAGCAAUUGCGAGAGAAGUUGGUGGGAAUGUGACAUCAGGAGUACGAAAGUUUUGUUUACGCUAUCAGGAAACACAAUCUAUACAAAACAAAGAAGGAAAAGCCUGAAAAAAGUGCACAACCGCUGUUGAUGAUAGGAGAAUAAAACUAAUUUGCGUCAGGGACAGAUGGAUGUCAUCUGCAGCCAUUGGCAGUGAACUGAGAACAACUGGUGUUUUUGUCAGUGCAAGAACGGUACAGAGAAGACUAACGGAGGUUGGCCUAAAAGGUAGGAUUCCCCGAAAAAAAGCAGCGGCAGAAACGAAUACAGUGGGCAAAAGAACACAUUGCAUGGACAGAAGGUCAGUGGAAACAAGUGAUAUGGAGUGACGAAACUAAGAUAUCGAUAUUUGGUAGUAAUGGGAGAAAAUAUGUGAGACGUUGCAUCGGGGAAGAGUUGCAUGCAUAUUUAAUUUCAAGCGACAACAAAGAAUCCGACAAGUGUUAUGAUCUGGGCAUGUAUGACAGCAGAUGCUGUAGGCCGCCUUCAUGUCAUAGAUGGCACACUGAACAGCGGAAAGUACAUUGACACCAUCCUACAAUGAAAACUUCUACCUUCUUUCAGGGAUCUUUUGCCAGAUAAUGCCCCAUUUUUUUUCCAGCAGGAUUCAGCUCCCUGCCACACUGCACGGAUAUGCAAACAGUGGUUCACGGAGAAGGACAUACAGGUGCUGGGAUGGCCAGGAAACAGCCCAGACCUGAACCCCAUAGAACAUUUGUGGUUCCGUUUGAAAAAACUGGUACAUCUGAGGUGUCCAUCCAAUAAAAGAGAAUUAAGUGAGGCUAUAAUUGUCUCAUGGCACCACAUAAUAAAGAAGGAAGAGCUCCAAACAUUGGUUGGCUCAUUGCCACAUCGCUGUGCUGCUGUCUUGAAAAAUAAAGGUUACCCAACAAAAUACUUAUAGGACAUCCUAAGUGUUGUUUUCUCUGUAUAACUUCCCUUGCAAUGCAAAUAUUUGACCUAUGUUUAUUUCAUUUGAUAUAUGAAUCUUUGCACUGCAUGAAGUGUAACAGUUUUUAUAAGCAUUCGAAGUUGAAAAACAUUAAAAUUUCAAAAAGUGUCCGCAAUUUUGGCCACAACUGUAUGUGCAGGACAUAGGAGAAGAGAGAGUUUUCUUGCAUAAUUUGCAUAGUUGUCAUCCAAUGCUAAAUUAAUAUCUAUGAGCCAUCUGGUACAGUUUAAGAACUAUACACAAGCAUACUGUAAAUACCCAAAUGUAGGUCUGCACCCCUAAAGUAACAGACUAGUCUGCGUCCGGUAAGGCGCAGUUUUUCAUAUUGGUCAUUUCUGUGGCUAGAUUGCUAGGUUAGUUUGCAGUACCAUAGUUUUCGCACUAAUCAUCAUAUACUGUAGAACAUGUACCAAAAACUCUACUAUGUGUAAUAAUAAAGAAAUUAUUAUAUGGAUUUAAAUAUUA